AUGCACUACGAGUACGUGGCCGGACUGGAGGUGACGUAUGGAAAUGCGCUGGCGGCAGGCGGCGGUUUUCACCGCGUUACGACCGAUGAGGGCGUUGCUGCGGAGGUGUCCCCACACACGUAUCUCUGGUACAAGCUCUCAUCCGAAGCUCCGACUCAGAAAGGAUCGCCCCCGUCGUCAUCAAAUUCUGAUUCCGCUCCGUUGGCCAUCACGCAGCUACGUAUCGGAGACGAGCAGCCGCCUAGCGGCCAAGAAGACGCAUGGAUCAAGUUGGACAAGUCGGUGGAUCGCCAAAAGGGCCGCUUCCUGUGGUAUCAGGCCUCGCAGUUCCAGCCUCCGACGUCGCCCUCGGCUCAGAAUAAACAACUGAUGCCACUCAAUGAGAUUCGGGUUGUCAGAGACCUCAAUGACGCCCCUGAUGGCUUCGAGAGUCUCGAUGAACCACUACUCAGUGCCGACGACACAGGGAGUAAGUGGUAG